AUGGCUCUCUCUGGCUCACAAAAUAAGAAGCUGCUCCUACUCGCCUUGGCUUUUGCAUGUCUCUCCUCAUCAGGGGCAGAGGCGUGGAGCUGGAGUUGGAGCAACGGGUCGGGUUGGGGCUGGGGAUCCGAUGGGUCAAGCAGCUCUAGCUCAGGUCCUGGUUCAGACUCUGACGGUUCAAGUUGGAGUUGGGGUUCGAUCCCUGGUUGGGGCUGGGGUUGGGGAUCCGACGGCUCAGAAAACUCGGGCUCAGGUUCAGGUUCCAGCUCUGAUGGCUAUGGUUGGGGCUGGGGCUGGGGUUCCGAUGGGUCAAGUAGCUCGGGCUCAGGUUCGGGUACUAACCCUGAUGGUUCAAGAUGGAGUUGGAGCUGGAAUCCUAGGUCAGGCUGGAGUUGGAGUUGGGAUUCGGACCAUAACGAUGUAAGCAGUUCGGGCUGUGUUUCGGGCAGUGAAGCGCCAAGCAGUUCGGUCUCGGUUUCGGGCAGUGAAGCGCCAAGCAGUUCUGGCUCGGUCUCGGGCAGUGAAGCGCCAAAAAAGAUCGUUGUGGGUGGACCCGACGGAUGGAGAAAAGGAUUGGAUUACAAAGAGUGGGCUUCCAAGAAUGCUCCUUUCUAUAUUGAUGAUGUUCUUGUUUUCAAGUACGACAAGCAUGCCAAGCGAAGGAACAAUGUGUAUUUGUUCCAAGACCCAUGGAGUUACGUGAAUUGCGAUAUCCAGAAUGGAAAGAAGAUUGGUUCGACCAAGAAAGGAUCAGAAGAAAGCUUCAAUUUUACGCUAAAGAAAAUUCAGCCUUACUUCUUUGCCUCGGGGGAGCAUGAUGGUGAAUAUUGCAGCAACCACAACAUGAAGUUUACCGUUUUUCCCGUUCCACGCCCUUCUGACUAAAAAAUUUAGCCUCUCUUUUUGUUUUUUCUUAUUAAUUUAGUUUAAGGCAAUAUUGGAGUUACAAUUAUUAAUGAGUUAGGCUUUCUGAUUCUCUUUGAAUGAUGG